UGUGCCGUCUCCAACUCCAUUCUGAAGAGAGAGAGAGAGAGAACAGAGAUCUGAGGAAAAUGGAGAAAGGAAAGGGAAGAAAGGAGGAGAUCGUGACCAGGGAGUACACUAUCAAUCUCCACAGGCGCCUCCAUAGCUGCACAUUCAAGAAGAAGGCACCGAAUGCCAUCAAAGAGAUCAGGAAGUUUGCAUUGAAAGCAAUGGGAACCAAGGACGUAAGAGUAGAUGUCAAGCUCAACAAGCAGAUAUGGAGCAGAGGUAUCCGUGGUCCUCCUAGGAGAGUCAGAGUCCGUGUUGCUCGUAAGAGAAACGAUGAUGAAGAUGCCAAGGAAGAGUUUUACUCUCUUGUCACUGUCGCUGAGAUUCCAGCCGAAGGAUUGUCUGGUUUGGGCACCAAGGUCAUCGAUGAAGACGAGUAAAACAAAAUAUGGUGAUGUACUCAGAGACACAAACCCUUAUCUUUAAGAGUAUUGUUGCAGCUUUUUUUCGUUGAAUCUUUAGAUGAAAGACAGAAAGUGAAAAGACUUUUGCUUGUUUUGAUUAAUUAACCAUUUCGGUAAUUUAUUUCGGUAUUCUUUUAAGUUCUGGAGAAGAGAUAUGAGUUUAUCUAUUUGUUAUCUUUCUUUGAGAGUCUGUACCAUACCUUUUUGCAAUAUCUGUUACGGUUUGGCCUUAUGAAUCUUAAUAGAAGUUGAUUAAUAU